UGCUGACGCUCGCGGAAGCGUCCUAUGGACUUCGGGAAGCGCCGGGCUGCGGAGCCUGUGCUGCGGGCAAGUGCCCGCAUGAGUCGGGGCACUAUGCCCCAGCCCGGAGCGUGGCCGGGCGAGAGCUGCGCCCAGACGCCGGCGCGGGAGGCGGGCGCCGAGGGCGGGAGGGCUGGGGCCGGCGGGCAGCCCCGGCCCUCGAUGCGGGGCCCGGCCGAGCACGAGGAGGACAUGUACCGAGCUGCAGAUGAAAUAGAAAAGGAGAAAGAAUUGCUUAUUCAUGAAAGAGGGACAUCAGAACCCAGACUGAGUGUGGCUCCCGAAAUGGAUAUAAUGGACUACUGCAAAAAGGAGUGGAGGGGUAAUACGCAGAAAGCAACAUGUAUGAAAAAGGGCUAUGAGGAGGUCUCUCAGAAGUUCACCUCCAUCCGGCGAGUCCGCGGUGAUAAUUACUGUGCGCUGCGGGCCACCCUGUUCCAGGCGAUGAGCCAGCCGGCGGAGCUUCCCCGUUGGCUGCAGGACCCUGACCUCACACUGUUACCGGAAAAACUGAUAAGCAGAUACAACUGGAUCAGGCAGUGGAAACUGGGCCUGAAAUUCGAUGGGAAGAGCAAGGACCUGGUUGAGAAAAUUAAGGAGUCCCUUGCCCUGCUGAGGAAGAAGUGGGCAGGCCUGGCUGAGAUGAGAACUGCCGAGGAGCGGCAGAUGGCUUGUGACGAGCUAUUCACAAAUGAGGAGGAGGAGUAUAGCCUCUAUGAAGCUGUAAAAUUUCUAAUGCUGAACAGAGCCAUUGAACUGUAUGAUGCUAAAGAGAAGGGAAAGGAAGUACCGUUUUUCUCUGUGCUCCUCUUUGCUCGGGACACAUCGAAUGAUCCUGGACAGCUCCUGAGGAACCACCUAAACCAGGUGGGACACACUGGUGGCCUUGAACAGGUGGAAAUGUUCCUCCUUGCCUAUGCCGUGCGCCACACCAUCCGGGUAUACCGGUUGUCCAAGUACAACACCGAGGAGUUCAUCACGGUCUACCCCACUGACCCGCCCGAGGACUGGCCGGUGGUGACCCUCAUCGCUGAGGACGACCGCCACUACAACGUCCCUGUGCGGGUGUGCGAGGAGACGAGUCUGUGACCCGCCAGGGCAGGCUGGUGACGCGGCAGAGCGGCAGAGGGCGCCGCAGCUCCUGGCUAGCCUCAGGCCGAAAGUCUCUGAGAACCACCUGUGGGGACCGCAGGGCCGGGCAGGGCUGGGCCGGAGCGGGCUGGACUGGACUGGGGUGUUCUGACGAGGAGUUCUUGACAGUAGGUGCUAACUACGUCUGUGCCUCAUCUGAGACCAAGUAGGCUCCAGUGAGGGCUCCGGGAGAACUCAGGGGAAGGCGCAAGGUGCAGGCCCGUCCCCAGAGCACUUAGUUUUGUAUCAGAGGAUCCUCAUUUUGGAGAGGAAUAUAUAUGUUAAUGCCUCACAUCGAAAUUCUCUCAAAUGAUAAACUGGCUGUUUAAAAAGAUUCUUUUUGGUGGUGGUAAUGGCUCUCUGUAGUGAUCUUCUAUGUGAUCUGCUGAGAUGUAAUUCUGGAAUGAGGUCAUAAUACCCUUCCAUAGUCUUGUCUUCUGCUGAAGGGACAAACACUAGUUUGGAUUUGACAUAAUUAACUUCUGUUUUAAGCAGAUUGCCUCAUAGAAGAUUAAUUGGGUCCAACAGUGGGAUUAUUUGAAGAAUUUCUUUUUUGGGGGGUACUGGGCAUUGAACCUAGAACCUUCAUACUGAGCUACAUCCCUAGUCCAUUAUUAUUAUUGUUAUUUGAAACAAGAUCCUGAUAAGUGCCCAGGCUGGGCUGAAAUCUGCAGUCCUCCUGCCUCAGCCUUUCAGCCAGCUGGGACCAUAGGUGUGCCACAGUACCCAGCCAUUGAAGGACUUUUUGAAGGCCAGAGGAGCUGCUGGGAGUCGGUGAGGGAACCUAGGCUGUCUUGCUCUGUUGGCCAUGACAGGCUAGACCAGAGUCAUGAGGAAUGCUGCUUGCAGUUGCACUCCAGUGUUGGGGGCGUGAAGUAUUCUAAAGUUCCAAAGAGUCAUGGUUUUAUAGUCACAGCCGAGUUGAUGUCCACUCCUGUUUUUAGAGGAGACCAAGGCCCAGCGAGCUCAGUUACUGACCUCCAUCAGAGGUGGGGCCAGGCUGGCCUCAGUCUUCCUGUGCCCUUUGUAUACAGUGCUGAAGGUGGCGCCCGUUGCCAGGUCCACAGAGCUCAUGUGGUGGCAGAGGACGAGUAACGGCAGAGAUCUGAGGUCGUCCGUGAGUUGCUGCAGCAGAAGCGUGAGGAAACACAGCCAGAGCGUGGCCGCGCUGCGUGAGGUGAGGCCUGUGUGGCCUGCAGAAGCCUCGGUCUGAAGAAGGCAGCCCUACCGUGCCAUCUGCUCACGGCCCGCAGUGUCCUUGAGGGACACAGACCCGGGCAGGGUCCUCGGGAGCCCGGCAUUGCACACUGGGAUUCAGUCAGCAGCGCCUUGGUUGGCUCAGCACUUGCAGAGGUGGUCUUUCCCGAAGUACCAAACUUAUUUCAUAAUAAAAUCUUUCUCUGAUCCCA